ACAAACCAAAUGAUUAUUCAAAUCAUCUCUCAUCUUUCCCUUCAAUUAUUUAACUUGUUGCACUGAAUAACAGAAAAACCGAUCUUCCAUGGACACUCUACAAGAUUAGCUCCAUUUUGUCUCUCCUUGUUUAUAAUCUGGUGAUUUCCAGUUACAGGGGUGGUAUGGUCAGUGUCUUUGGAGGACAAGUUAUUUCAGUGCUGUAUACAAAUGGGCCAUAUACUUCAGAAAUUGUCAUGCGUUGUGGGGGUGGUGUUUGCUGUUGUUAUAGUAUUUCAGUAUUUUGAAUUUCCAUAUGGUGAUGUCAUAUCAUCUUUAUUUUCUGCUAGCAAGAUUCAGAUAACAGAAACUGGAAGCUACCCGCCUGAAAAGUCAUACCCGUUUCCCCAAAUAUUAGCGGACAUCCCCCAUGGUGCUGAAGGUACAGAGCCUACUGAUGUUCACGAUAAGGGUAUUGGGACUACAUACAAGGGACAUGAUGCACACAUCAGAAAGGAUACAAGGAAAAAGGAAUUGGAUGAUUCCAUAGAUUUGAGGGGGAAUGGUGUAUCAGGAAAUCAGGUAGUAGAAAAGCAGAACUUUAAAGAACACAAGGCAUCAUUGAGAGGAAUUGUCCCACUAGCCAAUGUGUCAUCUGUGAAAGAAGUCUCUUGUAAGAAGCAAAAGAGGAACGUAGUGUCAAUUUCUGAUAUGUACAAUAUUUUAGUCCACAAUCGUGCUUCUUCUCAUUCAAUGAAACCACGGUGGCCUUCAAGAGCUGAUCAACAAUUACUAGAAGCAAAAUUGCAAAUUGGGAAUGCUCAGUUCAAUGAAGAAGAUCAUAACCUUUAUCCUUCUGUGUUCCGUAAUAUUUCAAUAUUUAGGAGGAGCUAUGAAUUAAUGGAAAAGACUCUCAAGGUUUACAUAUACAAGGAGGGAGACAAGCCGAUAUUCAACCAGCCCGAGAGAGUUUUGAAGGGAAUAUAUGCAUCUGAGGGAUGGUUUAUGAUGCAAAUGAAAGCAAGCAAAAGAUUUGUUACCCGGAAACCGAAAGAAGCCCAUUUGUUCUACAUUCCUUAUAGCUCGAAAAUGUUGAAAGCAACUCUAUCCCCCAACUCUUAUGAUCGUGAGAGUGUGGUACCAUACCUGAAGAACUACCUUGACAUGAUUUCAGGGAGAUACAGUUUCUGGAAUAGAACCAGUGGAGCAGACCAUUUUCUUGUUGCCUGUCAUGACUGGGGUGCGGAUGAAACAAGACAAUUCAUGGGUACUUGCAUAAGAGCCAUCUGCAAUACAGAUGUCGAAAAAGCCGGUUUUCAAUUGGGAAAAGACGCUUCUCUCCCUGAAACAAAUGUUCGUCAUCCCGAGAAUCCAUUAAGAAAUCUUGGAGGUAAACUCCCUUCCAAACGGUCGGUUUUUGCUUUCUUUGCAGGCAAAAUGCACGGUUACCUUCGUCCAAUUCUGUUACAACAUUGGGAAAACAAAGAUCCUGACAUGAAAAUCUUUAGAAGACUCCCAAAAAUGAAAGAUGACAAGAACUAUGUUGAGUAUAUGAAGAGUAGCAAGUUCUGUAUAUGUGCCAAAGGUUCUGAAGUUAAUAGUCCUAGAGUUGUGGAGGCCAUCUUCUAUGAGUGUGUUCCUGUGAUUAUAUCUGACAAUUUCGUGCCGCCUUUUUUCGAGGUUUUGGAUUGGGAAUCGUUUGCAGUUUUCAUUCAGGAGAAAGAUAUUCCAAAUCUGAAAAAUAUUCUUGUUUCAAUCCCGAAAAAGAGGUAUUUGGCGAUGCAUGAGAGGGUUAAACAGGUACAACAACACUUUCUUUGGCAUAGCAAGCCUAUUAAGUAUGACAUCUUUCAUAUGAUCCUGCACUCCAUAUGGUAUAAUAGAGUUUUUAGAGUAAACCCCUAGUAGGUUGUGUG